UAAACCAUUAAACCCUGUCGCGCAUCAGAGUUACACACUUCCUUAUCAAAAUAUUGACUGUCCAGCGGUUCAUGAUCGGAUCCAGAAUCAAAGAACCACGGCCGACGAAGAUUCUGGAAGAAUCAAAACUGCGGAGGAUUGCGGCGGCAGUGAUAUUAGUCAAUUACAGUGCUAGUUUCGUUCAUUUCUAGUACGAACCGUUUCGUGUAGAGAUUCAAUUGGAUCCAGAAAAUCGAUGGCGUAUAGAAGGAAACAAUACGGAACUUCAAAGUCUUCUCCUUCGAUUUUCCACGACGAAGCAUUUCGAAACCCUAAUCCAAUUGCACCUUCUUCUUCGAACAGUGGUGAAGUCGUUGAUGCUUCUUCUUCGUCUUCGCUUGCUGCUAAAGCUAUUAGAGCUUCUUCUGCGGGUCGUGAUUCUUCGCUUUCGUCUCUCUAUGGUCACUCCAAUCUCUCGUCUCCUCGUUCUCAACAACAACCUACUCCAACUGCUCCUCCAUCCAUAAAGGAUUCAAGAGAAUAUGAAUAUACAUCUAUGAAGAGAUUGAAUGAGUCCAAGAAUGGAUUUUGGGGUGCUCUAGCGAGAAAAGCAAAAUCAAUUAUUGAGGAUGAUAGUUUAACCCGGCAAUCUGAAACACCUGGGACAACAAGGUCACAAAUUCCUGGGGUAACAUCUAGGGGGAAGGACCAAAAUUUGAGUCACUUAGAGGAGGGAAAUCUAAAAAGGGACAGUCCGGCAAUUUAUAAGGGAUUGGAUGCUAUCACAUCUUCUCUUAGUCAUAUCGGUGGCACCAUUGGUAAAUCUUUGGAGGAAGGUUUUACAAUUGUUGAGAAUCGGACUUCAGAUAUCAUUCAGGAAACCCGUAAGCAUAUCAGGAAAAAGCCUGGAAACUUUGUAGGACAAAAUCAGGAAACAAACCAUUCCACUACAUUGCAAGACCCUCAGUUGCGGAACCAGAUGUCACCAGUGCAAGCAGACCAAGAACUUCAGCUGAAGGCAUCUCGCGACGUUGCAAUGGCAAUGGCUGCCAAAGCAAAACUGCUUCUUCGGGAGUUGAAGACUGUCAAGGCUGAUCUGGCAUUUGCAAAGGAUCGAUGUGCUCAACUAGAGGAAGAAAAUAAAAUCCUCCGUGUAAAUCGUGAAAGGGGAGAUAGUCAUGAUGAUGAUGAUUUGAUACGACUUCAACUUGAAACUCUCCUAGCUGAGAAAGCUCGCUUGGCCCAUGAGAACUCAGUUUAUGCCCGUGAGAAUCGCUUUUUGAGGGAGGUUGUUGAAUAUCAUCAGCUUACAAUGCAGGAUGUUAUCUACUUAGACGAGAACAAUGAGGAAGUCUCUGAAGUUAAUCCUCUUAACCUACCCCCAGUGCCUGUUAUGUCCCUUGAUUCUAUUACUUCAUCUGCAAAAUCCCUAUCACUGUCUUCAGAAGCCAACCUUGGCACGGAUUCAGAAUUAACAAGAAACAUUUCAUAUCCCAUAUCAGCAAAGGAUGUAAAGAGUUCUGAGGUGAUUGUAAAGGAUUCUACUAGUUCUGGAGUUACAAGGAUCUCUUCUAUAGCUGGAAAGGAUGCAAAAUGACAUGAAAUUCUUCUAUUAGAUUGGUGAUGCACCGUUUUUUAUGCCUCUGAUUUUUUAUUUAGAUGUUGCUCGUUUUAUAUGUCGUGGGUGACAUUAGCUUGAUGUAAUUUUGUACCUUAUAUCAUGUAACUUUACGUGUUUUUGUUUUUAAAUUAUAAUACCUGCAUAUACAACCUAGAUUGGCUAUUUUCUGUAUAGCAAUAUUUGCCAAAAACAAAAACAGUUUCUGUAUAUCAAAAUACUGUUACUUCUCAAGUUCAGUUUAUUA